UUUACCACUCCACCUGUGGAAGAGGGAGUCCAAGCCCCUCCCUGAGCACCAACUCAUGGUGUCUGUCUAGGGCCCUGCAUCAGAAAGCGAUGCCACUCACACUGACAAGCUUGAUCCCCUGUUACUGCCCAACUCUGGGCUCUGGGCAGCACCAAGAUCUCCUUCUUGCACUUAGGACAGCUCUCUUCCACCCUGCCACUCCUCUGCAUCAUUCUUCUUCCUUUGAUUGACAGUAAAAGAGCAGGCUGUUCCUCCCUGAAAGAAGGAAGGAAGAUUCAGGCAUCUUGGAUUCCCUUGGUAGCAGCAGAUAUAAACCCCAUACCUGCUGUGCGCUUACAGAGAAGGAAGACAGAAAACGUAGAGAGAAGGGAGGAGGAAAAGGCAUCCUGGGUUCCAGCCCAUGUGGAUUCUCCUGAGAUGAAGAAAAGAAAAGGCCCCCCUCCCUCCCUUCUCCUGCUGCUGCUUCUCUUCAGGUGUUUGGAAUUGGGAGUGAACUGUUUAGGAGAGAAGAGUGCAAAGGUUCCAGGAUCUGGAGAGCUGGGGGUGGGCGUGGUGGGAGGAACAAGCCAAAAUGUUUCCACUAAAGUCCCAGAGACAAGCCCUGGAGACUCAAAGACAAGACUAUGUCCCCUGUAUUGGCAGGCAGAUUCUCAACCACUGGACCACCAAAGUUCUGUCAUUUUUGGCCCAGGGACCACUGAGAAUCAUGUCACUGAGGGCCCAGGCAUGACAGAGGACUACAUCACUCCAGACCCAGUGACCAUGGAGGACUACACCACUCCAGACCCGGGGAUCACGGAGGACUACAUCACACCAGACCUGGGGACCACGGAGGACUACAUCACUCCAGAUCCGGGGACCAUGGAGGACUACACCACUCCAGACCCAGGGAUCACAGAAGACUACACCACACCAGAUCCAGACAUGACAGAGGACUACAUCACUCCAGACCCAGUGACCAUAGAGGACUACACUACACCAGACCCAGACAUCACAGAGGACUACACUAUACCAGAUCCAGAAACCAUGGAGGACUACACCACUCCAGACCCAGGGAUCACAGAGGACUACACCACUCCAGACCCGGGGAUCAUGGAGGACUACACUAUACCAGACCUGGGGAUCACGGAGGACUACACUACACCAGAUCCAGAAACCAUGGAGGACUACAGCACUCCAGACCCAGGGAUCACAGAAGACUACACCACACCAGAUCCAGACACGACAGUGGACUACAUCACUCCAGACCCAGGGACCAUGGAGGACUACACCACUCCAGACCCGGGGAUCACAGAGGACUACACCACUCCAGACCCAGGGAUCACAGAAGACUACACCACACCAGAUCCAGACUCGACAGUGGACUACAUCACUCCAGACCCAGGGACCAUGGAGGACUACACCACUCCAGACCCGGGGAUCACAGAGGACUACACCACUCCAGACCCAGGGAUCACAGAAGACUACACCACACCAGAUCCAGACACGACAGUGGACUACAUCACUCCAGACCCAGGGACCAUGGAGGACUACACCACUUCAGACCCGGAGAUCACAGAGGACUACACUACACCAGAUCCAGAAACCAUGGAGGACUACACCACUCCAGACCCAGGGAUCACGGAGCACUACAUCACACCAGACCUGGGGACCACAGAGGACUGCACCACUCCAGACCCGGGGAUCACGGAAGACUACACUACACCAGAUCCAGACACGACAGUGGACUACAUCACUCCAGACCCAGGGACCAUGGAGGACUACACCACUUCAGACCCGGAGAUCACAGAGGACUACACCACUCCAGACCCGGAGAUCACAGAGGACUACACCACUCCAGACCCGGAGAUCACAGAGGACUACACCACUCCAGACCUGGAGAUCACAGAGGACUACACCGCUCCAGACCCGGGGAUCACAGAGGACUACACCACACCAGACCUGGGGAUCAUGGAGGACUACACUAUACCAGACCUGGGGAUCACGGAGGACUACACUACACCAGAUCCAGAAACCAUGGAGGACUACACCACUCCAGACCCAGGGAUCACAGAGGACUACAGCACUCCAGACCCGGGGAUCACAGAGGACUACACCACACCAGACCCGGGGAUCAUGGAGGACUACACUAUACCAAAUCCAGAAACCAUGGAGGACUACACCACUCCAGACCCGGGGAUCACAGAGGACUACACCACACCAGACCCGGGGAUCAUGGAGGACUACACUAUACCAAAUCCAGAAACCAUGGAGGACUACACCACUCCAGACCUGUGGAUCACGGAGAACUAUGUCACUCCAGACCCUGGGACCACAGAGAAAUACACCACAGCAGACCCAAGAAUCACAGAAAACUACACCACUCCAGACCUAGGGACCAUGGACAACUACACCACACCAGACCCAGGGCCCACAGAUGACUACACCACUAAACAUCCAGACACUCAACUGGAGGAAACAGACUCAGUAACAGCAGCGAAACCCCCUGGGCCCCUGACGCCCAGCAAAAUCAUCCUCAUUUCCCUGGCUGCUACCGCUGUCACUGUUGCGCUCUUCGCUGGAUUUGGCUUCCUAGUGGUGAGUAUUUGGCCCUGAAAUGUGAAGGACAUUAUGGGAAUGACAGCAUCUGAGGAGGAUGAGGUGGGCAA